AUGGAAUCACAAAUUCAUACAUUUGAAUAUGAGCCUGCUAUAAUUGAGGAUUUACGCGUAGUUGUUGGAGUUGAUUUCGGCACAACUUUUUCGGGUUUUGCUUACGCUUAUAUUCAAGACAAUAAGACAAAACCAAAUAUUGUAGUGAAUGAGGAGUGGGGAAAUUUUAAAAAUACUAAUAAAAUAAAUACUGUAUUGCAAUAUGACGAAAGCUAUGGAGAAGUUGUCACUUGGGGAGCUGAUGCGUUAAGUUCCGAACCAAGUAGAAGGAAAAGACAUAACAAUAAACUACCAAGACCGGUUGAAUACUUCAAAUUUUAUUUAGGAGAUGUUCCGGAAAAUAAAAAGCCCAAAUUACCGUCUGAACUUAAAUUUGAAAAAGCGAUAACCGAUUAUCUUCAUCAAAUGGAGAAAAUCGAGGAUCAUUGGCCCGGAAUUGAUUUUUACAAUAAUAUACGACUUGUUUUCACAGUACCUGCCGAAUUCAGUGAAAAUUCUAAGACAAUUAUGAGAAGAUGCAUAUACGACGCCGGUUUGAUCAAAUCUAUUGGAACACUAAAUCUUCAAUUUACAACUGAACCGGAAGCUGCUGCAAUUCAUUGUAUGAAUAGGUUGAAAGAACUCAAAUUAACUACUGGAGCAACUUACUUGGUCGUUGAUUGUGGAGGAGGAACUGUGGAUUUAACUGUUAGAAGAUUAUUAUCGGAUGAUCGAUUAGCAGAAACAACUGAACGAACAGGUGAUUAUUGCGGCGGAACUUACGUCGAUGACGAGUUUCUAAAAUUUCUCGAAAGUCGAGUAGGUAAAUCUGCAAUGAACAAGUUAAAGGAAAAACACUACGGCCAAAUUAAUUAUCUUGUGCACAAAUAUUUUUGUUCUGUAAUUAAAAUUCCAUUCACUGGUGAGAGGUCCAAAUUCAAAGGUAUUGAAUUGGAUAUUCAGAAAAAAUGUCCGGCACUUAUGCAAUAUGUCACUGGAUCAGAAAGGGAGCAAUUGUCGGAUGAAGAUGAAUGGAUUAUUGACCUUGAUUUCGAUACCGUGAAAUCGUUUUUUGAUCCAGUAAUUAACAAAAUUUUAAGGUUGAUUGAUAUGCAGCUAUCGAAAUGUUCGAAUUGUUCGGUAAUGUUUUUAGUUGGAGGUUUCAGUGAAUCAAAGUAUGUUCAAAAUAAAGUUAAAGAGAAAUUCGGAAAUGAUUUGAUAAUAGCAAUACCACCUAGCCCAGCUGCUGCAAUUGUAAGCGGUGCAUGUGAAUAUGGACUUGAUAUGAAAACCGUUACGUCAAGAGUAUUAAAAUGGACUUAUGGAGUUCAGGUUUAUGCCAAAUGGGAGACCGGUGAUCCACCAUCUCGUAAAACAUCAGAAGGUCGCAUCUAUAAGUUUUUUUUAAUGGCAAGAAAAGGAAUAGAGGUUGAUGUGAACGAAGAGUUCUCAGAGAGUAUGGUACCAGUAUACCCCAAUCAAACUUCCAUAAUGUUUGAAUUUUUUUAUACCACCAAAUAUAAUGCAUCAUAUUGUGACGAGCCUGAGAUGAAAAUGUUGGGUAAUUUCUCUGUUGAUUUACCCGACACUCAUUUGGGACUGAAACGUUCUGUGCUGAUAUCGUUACGUUUCGCAUCUAUGGAAAGUACUGUCGCAACAGCAAAGAAUGUUACUAAUGACCAUUUUGUUCAAACUCAUCUCCCAAAUUCUCUCUUCCCUGCGAAUGUAUAUCGAUGCUGCCCUUCAGAAGCAAGCACGAGACUUGCCCAAAAUAAACAAAUGUGGCUUUAUAUUAAAAAUAUGUUUCAUGAUCGUUUGGCCAACAUUAACAAUCAUCAACAACAAUCUCAUGCUGAUACACCAUCCUCCUCUAAUGCUCAGAAAAGGUCUAUUGUCGAUCUUGACGAAACACCUGAGCCCUGUAUCCCUACAAAACAUAAAGGAAAGGAUAAAACAAUUUGCUUUUGA